AGCGGAAGGAAAGCCAGAAACCCAUUCAAAAAAACUCACAACGCAGCCUCUCUCUCUUCAGCACCCACUAUGAAUCCAUAAUAUUAGAUUAAUUAAACCUUAAUCCUCUCUUAACCCUCCCCUUAAUCUCCUCUUAAACCUACCUCCCUUUUUCUUUAACGUAAGAAGCGAAAUAAGUAAAAACAAUUCACAACUUCUCUCUCUGCAUUUUGCUUUAUUUAUUGUUUUUUUUGUUUGUUAAAAUGGUGGUUAUGGCGAUGGAGGAGGGUGGUAGUGACGAGAGCUGCGGCAGCAGAGUGAACGAGAACACGAACACGACAUUGUCUGAUUCGGUGUUACAAGGAAGGCAACAACAGCAAAGGAUGCAGCAGAAACUUGAGGUUUAUAAUGAGAUUCUUCGUCGUCUUAAAGAAUCUAAUCACGAAGAAGCUAAUCUACCUGGUUUUGAUGAUCAACUCUGGACUCACUUCAAUCGCCUCCCUACCAGAUAUGCGUUAGAUGUGAAUGUGGAGAGAGCAGAAGAUGUGUUAACGCAUAAGAGAUUGCUGCGUUUGGCUCACGAUCCUGCUAAUCGACCGGCGAUUGAAAUUCGCCUUGUUCAGGUUCAUCCUACUUCUGAUGACAAUUCUGCUGACUCUAGCCUUCAAGACUCUCCUAGUAAAGAAGCAGUUCAAAGAAAGAACAUGCAUCCACCGCCAGCCUUUGGUUCAUCACCUAAUCUUGAAGCACUGGCACUUGAAGCAAAUAAAUUUGAUGAUCAAGAUGGUGAUAAUUCUGUGUGUGCUGAUUCAAAGUUCUUCAGGCCCAUGCAUGAAAUUACUUUUUCAACUGAUGACAAGCCAAAACUCCUGAGUCAGCUGACUUCCUUACUUGCUGACAUUGGGUUGAACAUCCAAGAAGCGCACGCAUUUUCGACAGUUGAUGGCUACUCCUUAGAUGUAUUUGUUGUUGAUGGUUGGCCAUUUGAGGAAACGGAGCAGCUCAGAGAAGCGUUGGCAAAGGAGGUUUUCAAGAUUGAGGAUCGCGAGCAAUUUAGGAUCAAAUACGAUACUAAUCAUGUUGCAAUACCCAAUGACGGGACUGAUGUGUGGGAAAUUGAUCCUAAAUAUUUGAAGUUUGAGAACAAAGUUGCCUCUGGAUCCUAUGGUGAUCUGUACAAAGGUACAUACUGUAGUCAGGAAGUGGCUAUCAAAAUUCUCAAGCCUGAGCGAUUAAAUUCAGACUUGCAGAAAGAAUUCGCCCAAGAAGUUUACAUAAUGAGGAAAGUUCGACAUAAGAAUGUCGUACAAUUUAUCGGUGCAUGCACCAAGCCUCCAAGUUUGUGCAUUGUAACAGAAUUCAUGCACGGAGGAAGUGUCUAUGACUACCUACACAAGCAGGGGGGUGUUUUUAAGCUGCCAAAUUUACUUAAAGUAGCAAUAGAUGUUUCUAAAGGAAUGGAUUACUUGCACCAAAAUAAUAUAAUUCAUAGGGAUUUGAAGGCUGCAAAUCUUCUCUUGGAUGAAAAUGAAGUAGUCAAGGUUGCUGAUUUUGGUGUUGCCAGAGUGAAAGCUCAGACUGGAAUCAUGACUGCGGAAACUGGGACCUAUAGAUGGAUGGCUCCCGAGGUCAUUGAGCACAAGCCGUAUGACCAUAAGGCUGACGUAUUUAGUUUUGGGAUCGUGUUAUGGGAGUUGUUAACUGGAAAGAUUCCAUAUGAAUACUUAACCCCUUUACAAGCAGCUGUUGGAGUGGUUCAAAAGGGUCUACGGCCUACCAUACCCAAGAAUACUCAACCAAAGCUUGCCGAACUGCUAGAAAAAUGCUGGCAACAGGAUCCAGCUCUAAGGCCUGACUUCUCAGAGAUUAUUGAGAUCCUGCAACAAAUAGCAAAAGAGCAGUUUGGGGAUUCUGGUGAAUUGCGCAAGGAGAAAUCGUCUGGUCGAUUUCUAUCUGUGCUCAGGAGGAAGUAAAGGGAAGUCUUGCGGAUGCUCAUAACCUGAACAACCAGCUAAUCGAACCAACCCUUUUCCAUCCUUCUCAUUACCAUUACUGUACACUAUUUUUAUUUGUCAUGCCGAUCAUCAUCAAGCCAUUAAUUUACACACACACACCCCCCUUAGUUCAUUUUUGAACCAAUCGCUCCCAAAUUAUCCUACCUCUGUAUUUAAGUUGUGGAGAGUUGCAAUCUUCUGACGCGCCUUUCAAAUGAGAUAUCAAUGUCUGCUUGACAAUCAUGUAACUCUAGCAGCUCCUCGUUUCAAAAACUUAGGGGAAAAGAAAAGAAAAUGGGGAGGAGAAAAAUGUGGUUUUGUUUGUAAAAUAGACUUUUGAUCUCCGGGAGCUGUAACCUGGAACGUGUUAUAUUGAGAGAGCUUAUUUCUGCUUUUA